GUAUGUUUUUCUUUUCUUCAAAUAUUCCAAUUUUAUGUAAAUUUAGUUUUUUAAUAUUAUGAAUCCCAAUUUAGUAAAGGCUGAAUCUGAAAGCUCAGCUAUAGUGUCUAUACCAGAAUAUAAUCGUAGUUAUCAUCAUUCUGUUUGUAAGGCGUAUAAUAUUAUUCAUCAUGUUGUGAACACAUUGCGCAUGGACGUCACGGUCUUUGCAACGGCGAUGAGCUACUGGCAUGAAUUUGUUCUUCAGCAUGGACGUAAGAAAAUUCAUGAGGUUGUACUAGGUACCGCAGCCGUCUUUUUGGCUGGAAAGGUGGAACACUACAAACUGCGUGUUGAUCAAAUGUUGAAAAUUGCGCUGGAGAUCGACGUUGAUAAAAAUCCAAAGGGUGAGGAUAUAGAAGCCUGGCGACGCAUGCUGCUGAAUGUGGAGCUGAUUCUGCUCGACUUUCUCAACUUCGAUUGCCAGCGGAGCCAUCCAAUUAAGCUGCUGCUGACUCUACUUGAAACUCCUAACAACCAUCCACCGUCCAAGCAGACGAAGGACGAAGUUGAUAUGGUCAAGCAGCUUCAACAUGUGGCGCACUGUCUGUAUAUGAUAUCCCUUAUUAGUCCCCUGUGCGUGAGGUUCUCGUUCCAAAAGAUUGUUACAAUUAUCCUAUACAUGGUGGUUUAUUUCUCUGGCAGUGAAAAUGCGUAUGCGCACAUCUGGAAACAAUAUCCGAUGCCCGCGAUGGAGGAAAGAGAUUACAUUAUCGGUGUUAUAAUGGAUACUUUUAUUUUUACUAGGAAGCAAACUGGACUACCCCAGCUAGAUGACCUGAUUGUUGCUCGACGGAAACGUGUACGUGAGGAAGAAAGCCUUCCCAUGGAGACUCUGCGCUCAUCUGGGUUUCACAGCAGCAGUGUUGGCAGUGAAAGCUAUGAGGGCUCACCCUUUGUGCGUCCGAUGGAUUAGUGUGAUUACUCAGGAAAUACGAUAUAAACAAUCGUUUAUGCCUAAUAGUGUAAGAGUGCAUUUUUUAACUUAUCAAAGGUUUUCUGUGUUUAGGUAUUGGAGUGACCUAUUUCCAAUGAGUUUUGAGCCUUCUGUUGACAUCAUUAUUUGUAUGUGUACAAUAAAAUUAUCCUUAUCCUCACCACGGCUGUUUCAUUCAAAGUGUAACAUUUUGUUAUGUCA